UCUUGUCCAACAACCAUGUCAACUCCAUCAUAGUGCACAAGUUUGACUUUUCUGAUGAAGAGGUGAUGGCAUACUACAUAUCUUUCCUGAAGACCCUCUCCCUCAAGCUCAACAAUCACACGAUCCAUUUUUUCUACAAUGAGCACACCAAUGACUUUCCUUUGUACACCGAGGCCAUCAAGUUCUUCAACCACAACGAGAGUAUGGUGCGCAUUGCCGUCCGCACCCUCACCCUGAAUGUCUUCAAAGAAGCUAAUGCCAGCAGGCCCGAAGGCAUGCUGCAAUCCAAACAUAAGAGAAAAAAUGGACGUGUGGAGGACAGGGCGAUGCUGAAGUUCAUCCGCGACCGGACGGCCGCGCCCUACUUCUCCAACCUUGUCUACUUUAUCGGCAAGCACGUCCUCGAGCUGGACAACUGUGCCAUGCAUGCUGAGCACGGCAACAGUACUAGACUGUCUGACCUGGUGGCCGAGCACCUGGACCACCUCCACUACAUGAACGACAUCCUGUGCCUUCACAUCGAAGCCCUGAACGCGGUGCUCACCGACCACCUCCUCAACCGGCUCCUGGUGCCGCUUUACGUCUACUCGCUCGUCCAGGGACCCCACCCGUGCCUGGCGGACGACCGGAAGAAAGUCAGCAGCGUAGUGUCCCUGUUCCUCUUGUCACAGGUGUUCCUUAUAGUGUCACAUGAGCCAUUAGUCCGGCAGCUGGCCAACAUCAUCCUGAACCGAGACAUGAAAGUGUUCACCUCACGGGCCAAGGAUGACUCUGCCUCGAACAAGAGUGACUUGGGCAGCGAGCCUGAGUUUGUGGCCCCCGAGGAAACGCUAGAGAAGAGCCUGGAGACGUGGACAGCUGUGGCCCCGGCGAGCGAGGCUAUGGCAGCCAUGAGCGCCGAGGAACAGGGCUGCCGCGGCGACCCUCAUGCUAGCGGCUCGGCUACGACGACACCGACCAACUCUUACCCGCCUGGCCUGCACCCAUCGGUGCCCUGCCACCCAGAGGACGGCGAUCACUCGCAGCCGGCGUCGGCGACCGACUGCGAGGUAAACCCCGCGUACCUUCCCGACGGCCUCAACAUUACGGACGAACAGAAGGCCCAGGCAGUGCAGAGGCUCAACAUGGCCGCCAUGGAGCAGCUCAGCCAAGGCUGGCCCCUCUGUGAGAGGCCCUUCUUGGCAGCCAUCUUGAAUGCCCUUGACUGCAGUGAGAACGACCACCCAGCGUUGUUCGCACUCUGUCUGCUCUAUGCGUUGGGCCACAACCCAGGCAUCAACCGCGAGCUACUGGACACGGUUCUCAUGCCAUCUCUGAAUCCAGAGACGAAGCACUGGUACAAUGUUGCCCUCAUGGACAAGCUGAUCCAGAUCAUCACCUUGAGCUGUAAAUACGGGAGCAAGGUGCGGCUAGCAACCUUGGAGAUGUCGUUGCUGCUGCUUCGUCAGCUCGCGACGAUCGACGGCCAGUCUUGCCUGCAGGACCAUCACCUAGCUGGCUUGGAGCAGGCCAAGGAAGAGAGCACGCUACUGCUCCGCAAUUUCUACAAGAGUGAAGAGAUCUUUCUCGACAUGUUUGAAGAUGAGUACCAGGAGAUGAAGAAGAAGCCGCUCAACGUGGAGUACCUGAUGAUGGAUGCCAAUCUGCUGCUGCCACCCAUGGGGACGCCCAUGUCGGGGGUGGAGUUCCACAAGCGCCUGCCCUGUGGCGAGGUGGAGAGGGCACGAAGGGCAAUCAGAGUGUUCUUCCUGCUUCGCGAACUCUCGCUGUUUUUGAGCAACGACCGGGAAACACAGCUGCCGCUCACCAACCUGGCGAGUUGUGUCAAGGUGGAUGACGUUCUAGACCUCAACAACAGUGACCUGAUUGCCUGCACGGUGGUCAGCAAGGAUUCGCAAAAGAUCCGGCGCUUCAUGGUGAUCGACGUGGCGCAGCUCGUUCUCGUGGAGCCAGAUUCCAAGCGACUGGGCUGGGGAGUGGCCAAGUUUGUGGGCUUCCUUCAGGACAUAGAGGUGACCGGUGACAAGGAGGACAGCCGGUGCCUGCACAUCACUGUGCACAGCCGGGGCGCGGCGUGCCGCAACACAAGCGGUCCCGGGAGCGUACCCCUCCUGGCGGCGCGCUUCCUCUUCGACGACCACAUCCGCUGCAUGGCGGCCAAGCAGCGCCUCAACAAGGGGCGCCUGCGCGCGCGGCAGCGCAAGAUGCACAGCAUCGCCCGGCUGCUCGACCUUCCACUGCAGCCACCGUCGCCCCUGCGGCACCACCCGCACACGCCGAGGGCGCCGUGCGGACCGGUGGCAUCGCUGUCGGCAACGUCGUCGAGUUUAAUGCACCGAAGCCUCUCCCAGGACACGGGCCUACGUGGUCGAGGCGGCACCGUAGGUGGCACGGGACCUCCGCACCACCAGCCUUACAGGCCUCUGUUCACAACGUCCUCGAAGGUGCCUGGCUUUGCCACAGCUCGCACUGGGCACCGGGGCAGUACUGGCGACAUCGAAGGACGGCAGCGAAGGCGUUCGGGAAGCAGCCCCGUCGCUCGUGGCCGGUCAUCGUCGCGGGAGUCCUCUCCACGCCUGGGUCACCGGUCGCGGGAUCAUUCCGAGGAGAUACCCCUGGAAGACCUGUCGACCAGGCCACUGCCCGUCGCAGGCAGCCCUUCUCCUGUACAGAUAAGGCCCUGCUCCAGCAGUUCAGGUGAAGGUGGUUCCGGUGGGGUCUGCAAGAAACCCCGCUCUGAAGAGACUGCCAUGGACCAGGGCGUUUCGGCCGUGCCGGAGGUUGCCGUCACGGCUCCGCCGAUCUCGCUGGUGGUCACUUCGACGGAGUCGACCGAAUUCGAAGUGCCACUCUUGCUUCCACCCAAAGAAGGCUCCGCCGCCACGCUACCGUCUCCCACCUCCAGUGUUGACGAGACAGGCGAAAGUCCAGCGAACGAGUGCCGAAAGCCGUGCUGCUUCAGCGAGACAUCGUUUUCGGAAGAGUCCACCGCCACGGAGCAUUGCAACGGGGGGGACUUCUCGGAGGACACGACGUGCCGGUCGUCGUCGGAGGAGACGACCAUCCUCGGCACAGAAGUGGAUGAUGGCUUCGAGGCGACGCUCACGCUGGCCGCAACGUCCAAGGCCAAAGAUGUCUGGUGCGCACAGUCUAGCGUGUUUGUGCCGCUGGGAACCAGUGUUCAAGCCAGCAGCACACAGCUGCGCCGGCCUUUCAGCCACCCGUCUUGGAUCUAGCUUUGCUUCGGCUUUUGGCUCCAAAUGCAGCUCUCAUCUGCAGAACAACGGCGGUGGUGUUCAGGCGCAGGCCUGCUUCGAUCUGUACAGUUUUGCAAUGCUGAAGUCGACUGCUCCCCCUUUGUCUCUCUCGCAAUAAACCAAUGAGUUGUUGAGGUCGACAACAGCCUAGAGAGGAGAAAUAGAACUUUUUUUUUUGUAGGCGAAGUUGCCUGUUCUGUCUUUCAGUGUGGGUGCGUGUUGUAUGCACGAAUGGCAAAGUGAGUGAAUGAUGUGAUCUUUGGAACCCAUUGGGUUUCCUUUGCUUUGCUUGUUGUUUUUUUUAAUCUAGGGCUGUGUACUGUGAAAAACGAUGCCCUCUUGUACACACAUGCUGGCAAAACUACUGUUUGGCGCAUUUGUUGUAAAUAGAUGAGAAGCAUGUAUUGUCGGAGAUGGGAGAGUAAAUAUAUAUUUGAAAAUUUUGCACAA